AUGGGUCGAAAAAAAAAGAAACAAACUAAACCUUGGUGUUGGUACUGUAAUCGUGAAUUUGAUGACGAAAAAAUUUUAUUACAACAUCAAAAAGCGAAACAUUUUAAAUGUCAUUUAUGUCAUAAAAAAUUAUAUACUGGACCCGGUUUACAAAUUCAUUCAAUACAAGUACAUAAAGAAAAUAUUGAUAAAGUACCCAAUGCAGUUAAAGGUCGAGAUAAUAUUGAAAUUGAAAUUUAUGGUAUGGAAGGUAUACCAGAAGAAGAUCUUCGUCAACAUGAAAAACGACUAUCUGGAAAAGAUAAAGAUGAGCCAGAUAAUACUGAUACUAUAAAAGUACCUCCAAUAGUAGGUAUGCCACAAAUGCCACCUUUAGGUGUAAUGACUGCUCCACCAAUGAUGCCCAUGACUUUUACUGGUAUACCAUAUGGUAUGACAUCAAUGUCACUUCCUAUGAUGCCAGUGCCUAUGAUGACACAAUUACGACCACCUAUCCCUGUAGUUCCGACGACAGCUGGAAAUUCGGCUACUCUUCUAUCAUCGAAUCCAAUUAUAGCUGCUGGUUCUACUCCUUCGAAACCACUUUUUCCUAGUGGAACUACUGAUGCAAAUAAUGGUAUUAAUUCUUCUUCAAAUGUUACAACGAUGGCAUCAUCUAUAUCAAAUUUAUCAGCUACUGCGUCUGGAUCAUUACCUGGUAAUAAACCAAAAAUAGAACCCAUAGCCGGUGCUGCUGGUACGGCUAAAAUUAUUCAUCCUGAAGAAGAUAUUUCAUUAGAAGAAUUUCGUGCUUCGUUGUCGAAAUAUAAACAAAUAAUGAUGCCACAACAAAUACAAAUGCCACCAAUGCCAGCUGGUUUUUCUAUGGCCAAUUUUGUGCCACCUCCAAUGCCUGGUUUACCAUUCAUGGUACCCCCAACAGGAUUUCCUUCGAUGGCAUUUAAUGGUCCACGUUUUUGA